CGACCUGUCCGCUCAGCAUUUCCGCCCCUCCGAUCUCCUCCUCCUCCCCGCCUCUUCUCUCUCCCUCUCCCUCCGAGGGAGAGUGCUCGUGUUUCGUCACUCCUCCCGCUUCCUUGCCCCACACUCAGAUCCGCGGCCGUUUCCCGAUCCCCGCACCUCGCGCGGCGAGGGGCAUCUCGAACCCAAAGCGCGCACGCGCCUGGCGGCCGGCGAGCACCGAGCACGCCUCCUCCCGCUGAACACGGGACCACCUCGGGGGGAUUUUUUUUUUCUUCUCCGCGGCCGUCUUCCUGCUCGUCCCCUCUGGUGGGCCGGCGCGGAGCGAAGCGAAGGUCCGCCCGUGCUUGGAUUGAUUUCUUCGUUCGUUGUGGUUAGAGGCACAUGGUUUGUUCUGGCUGAAGCUGGUGGUACAUGUGAAUAGCAGGGCCCAUCUUCUGUCUCUGCUUUUGCUUCUAAGCAAUGGCCAAUGUAAGCAAACACCUGCAAUCUUCAAGCACAGCAGGAAAUGACAGGAAGUACCAGGGCACAUUGGUUGCUUCUCCACCAAAACCCAUUUCACCUAAGUGCAUGAAUCGCAUUGUGCCAUCGAGGCAACUGAUAUUGGGUGGUGAUUCACUAGGCCAUGUGGCAUCAUUUCUGCUUAAGGUUGUUGUUCUUGAGGCAGUAAGAAGAGUUUCUAAAGCAAGAUGCCCUUUCAUAUGGAAUUCUGUUCAAGCAUUGCAAAUUCUUGUGUAUCCUCCAUUUAGCUGGAUUCAACGAUGGGCACCACUCAAAUUUAUUGUGCAAGGAAUUCAGAAACUAUCCAUGCCACUGUUGUUUCUGUCAGUCACAACGACAUUGAGUGAGCGGUCUUCUAAGCGUGAUGAUGAACCGGAUAGCAAUACCAAUACAGAACAUUCUGAGACACCUUCUGAAGCAAAUGAAUCGGCAUCAACUUUUAGCACAAGGGAUGUUUCUGAUGGCACAAAGGAAAUCGUGCAAGAGAAUUGGCUUGUGUUACUUUUCAGAGAACUUGAGAAGCAAGGCAUCACUUUGCCUGAGAGGUUCACAGAAGAUGAGUUACGCAGAUUUUAUGUCGCGGCAAAUGGUGACUUUUCAAGUUUACUCUCUUUGGUUAAGAAGACAAUUCGUUGGAGGGAAACGUUUCACAUACUUACAUUGCAAGAACUUGAUAAGUGGUCUCACUUAGUCUUUUGGCAUGGAUUUGAUACAAUGCUUCGGCCUUGUUUAGUAAUUCGUCUUGGACUUGCAUGCUCUAGUAUACCACCUCGUGAUAGACCUCGUUUUGGCCAAGCAGUAGUUUCUCAAAUUGACCAUGGUGUUGUCAAUUUGAUCAAUGAUGAAGAUCCAAGAAUUACUGUUUUGCUGGAUUGCCAUGGGAUUUCUCCAUUCAGAUUUCCGAUGCAAAUGAUGAGGUCAUUUAUCACUGUAGUUCAAGAAAACUACCCAAAUCGUCUUGGGGUAUUGUUUGUCGUCCGCCUUCCUCCAGUUGUCAGAGUUAUCGCACAGACAUUUCUUCAAGUAUUGAAACCAACUACAAAGCAGAAGUUGCGUUUCGAGGGAGAUUCAUACAAGAAGACAUUGGCAGAGUUCUUGCAGGUUGUGCCCGCAUUUCUAGGCGGCAAAUGCAGCUGCCCGCAAUGUGAGAAACCUCGUGAUAGGUCAGUAAUACAGGCAGGGGAAGGGAGCAAGAGCCAACAUCAGCUUAUCAGUGUUGAUGAUGGAUCACCUGUUACAGAUUUCGACUUUGAUGAAGCAGAGAUCCUAUCACCUUACAGUUGUGAGAACACCAUCAGGGCCGCGAUAAUUGGCCUGCUGAUGGUAUGCAUCUUCAUCGCGUUUCUGGCUGGGAUGAAUGAUCCGACUUCGGUUCCGUCCAGUGCCUGAGUUAUGGAGUCGCCUGCUCUCCUGUAGUAGAGCUUAGAGAUUGUCAGCUGUGUAAUAGAGUAUAUAUACAUGUGUUGCUGAUAGAAUGCUAGGGUCUUGUUUUUCUUGUCAAUCUAUCCUCGGUUGUCUCCAGACCGGCGUAUAGUGCUUUGGAUUCCACCAAUGUGAGUGCAGAUGAAUAAUAUCCUGUGUUUGUCAAAUGUUGGUGGUUCGCACUUUAGAAGCCC